UAUUUUUUUUUGUAGCUGAGAUUUUGGAGUGCACAGAAGUGCUCAUUACGGAAUUUGACGAGGAGGACGAAGAUAACCAAUUGCUGGUGGACUUUUGCAACAAACAAAGUCGUACAAGUACAAAUUACGUCACACUAAAAAACUCGAACGCAACCCGUUGGAACAGUGUCGAUGUCCAAUUCAUUCAUCAAAAACACUGACACCAUAAACAAUUAUUUGGGAUCCAUCAGAAGAUAUGAUCAAGUAUUUUCUGACACCGAAUUGAAAUUAGCUAAGGAUUUCGUAAAGGUGCUCGAAGUGUUCGAAAAAGCAACCGACGUAAUGCAAGGGAUUAGUUAUCCAUCGCUGAAUAUAUCUGUUUUCUGCUACGUAGACAUCAAAUCAAGUUUGGAGGCACUGAACACUUGUGUCACCAGCUCUCCUAUCAUCGAAAAAUCGACUGCCUUCCUGCUCGAACGACUAAACCACCGAUUACCGAUAACAGAAAAUAUGAUUGUCGCAGCUUUCUUGGACCCAUCGAUGCAAAAUUUACCUCUUUUAUCAUCUUAUUGCCGCUCACGAGAUGUCGAUAUGUUUGAACUUAUGGUGAAAAAAUGGGGCCAAUACGAACCUGAACUUCGAUUACCUCAAGCAGACAAACGUAAGGUGGUGGAACCAAAAAAGCCUGAUAGGGCUAAGCACAUUCGGAAAUGA